AGUAUUCAUCGAACAGUCGCAUCUCUCAGUCGCCCAACGGAUGUUGCAGCACCACAGGAACUACACAGAUAUUUACGCGAUUCCAUAGAUUCUCGUUCUCGUAGUCGAGAAACUGAAAGCGAAAUCAAUGGUAUCCGCAAGAUACACGCUCGUGUGCGCGGCUUUAAGUGAAUAUAAUUGAAGACCAAGUGAUAUAAAUAGUUGGAUAAACUCUUUCUUCAGCCGCGACACGUGCCGGGCACACUUUUCCCCUUUCGAAAAAUUGAAAUCACGACAGAGGAGGCAAUUAAUUAGGAAGAGAGGAAAUACCCACCUUUGGGUGAAGGGUUUUUAGCAAUGAGCUGUCUGCACUUGAAGAACUUCAAAUGCGCCAAGUGGUCGCAAUCUUUAUCGAGGAGUUAAGCAGCGGAAUAUCAUCACACCAUAAAAACAAAUCAUACAUUUAAAGGAAUUUCUGGCAAAGAAUUCUUGACCCUACUUCUAGUGAAAAGUCGUUUAAAAGGAGUGGCUUCAAAUAUGCCACAGCUCAGGCAGCUGGUGGUGGUGCUGGCCAUCCUAUCCCUCCUUGUGGAUCCCUCGUUCGCCCAGCGACCGCUGAUCAUGAACCACACCUUCAGCUCCCUGCCGAUGUCCCAGCAUCCCAGUUUUAACAGCUGGCCAAGUGCAUCCGGGGGAAAGCAACUGCGCAAUGGCAGGCUCCAUGAGCAGCCUUUGCCCCUGCCACAACCCACUUUGCCGGUGGCCACACAAUACGAGGACUACGAGGCGGCACCGCCAGGGUCGCGAAGGGAUAACAAGCGGCGACUGGCUCAGAUGGCCCAACGCCCAGGCAGUGGGAACGGCGGGCGGCGAGGCAUGGAAUCCCUUCGAAAGGAGCUUAUGAAUCCAUCGGUUGGUGGUCCGGGCGGAGGUAUUUCCGGCGGAGGAUCCGGCUAUCCUUCGUACUCCGCCACCUCUUCCAUUGGACGUAUAGAUGGCCUGGGUCAGGGCCUAGGAUCUGCGGAUCGGUACGGAGCGUUAUACGACCAGCUGAGGCAGCCCAGUGGAAUGGCAGCCAUGACAGCCGGUCCCCUUGGCGGACCCUACUCGACAAGGUUCCCUCCUCUGUACGCCGGUGUAGACGACCAGCCCAAGCGCUCAAAUCGAAAGAACUCCAUCAGCGAGCUCUAUAAGCUGAAGAAGGCCCUCAACCAGGCAGAUGAACCUGCUGGCGGGGUGACGCACGGAAACUUUGAAGGAGAUCCACAGCCCUCGUCGGCAGAUCCACUGCAAGAAAUCAAGGAUCGUAUACGAGAUACAUCACCAAAUGCGAACACCUAUGCUCCUCACACGGAUGCCACACCAUCAUCAGAGUACGAGUACGAACUUGGCGUGAAGUGCAACUUCGAGACCCCGUGCAGCUGGACCUGGGGCAACUAUUCGGAUGGUUUUCAAGUUAUAACUGGAACGGAAUUGUCGAAAAGGAAUCUCACAGGACUACUGCCAGGUCCUGCAGCCGAUAGUAUCGACGAUGCGAACGGUCACUUCCUGUACGCCCGCGUGAACCCCUCUUCAAGACCCUUGAAUCUCACCUCACCGGAAUUUAGCACCACGAUGGAGAAGUGCUUUUUAGAGGUCUACAUGCACCAGAGCGACAUGAGUCACGGACUUUCGCGGGUGGUGGUUGAACUACUUCACACGGCUGAGAGCAGUUGGGUUCCGGCCGAAAUUCUGGGCGAUAAUGUGCGCCAAUGGACCAGGAAGGUAUAUCGCCUGGGUCGCGUUUCCCGCGAUUUCCGCAUCGUUUUCGAGGUGGUUCCCGAUCUGAGAGUGGGCCAGAAGGGUCAUGUGGCGUUGGACAACCUGCGCAUGGUUAACUGUUUUCCCGAGGGUACAAAGUCGGAGAAGUGCAGCACCUCGCAGGUGAAGUGCACCUCCAGCAAGGUGCCCGUGUGUAUCCAUCUACCACGAAUCUGCGACAUUACCAGGGACUGCGAUGAGGCGGAGGACGAGCAGCAGUCAUGUGAUAAAAUACCCUAUGGCGGUCGUUGUGACUUCGAGGAGGACUGGUGCGGUUGGCGGGACUCGGGAAAGACGACGCUCACCUGGUCACGGCACACGGGAUCAUCUCCCACCCACGAUACGGGACCGGAUGGGGAUCACACAAUGCAGCACCUGCAGAACAACACCAGUGGAUACUAUAUGCUGGUCAAUAUGAAUCAGCAUAUGAACAACUCGGAAAAGAAUUCGAUUAUUGGAUUUGCCAGCAAUGCGAUUAUGGUUAGCAAGACCUUCAAUCCGCCGCCAUCGGUACAUGGAAACCCGGACUCUCCCUAUCGUAACUCGUGUGUUGUGAGGUUUUUCAUUCAUCAAUUCGGCAAGAAUCCGGGCAGUAUCAAUCUCUCCGUGGUGGAGAUGAAGGAAAAGGAGAACAUCACCACUACACUGUGGUGGAGCACCAAAAACCAGGGCAGCGAUUGGAUGAGAGCGGAAUAUGUACUGCCUAACAUAACGUCCAAAUACUAUCUUCAGUUUGAAGCUCGCAUGGGCAUGAGAAUCUACUCAGAUGUGGCUGUGGAUGACUUCUCACUGAGUCCCGAAUGUUUUGGCCUCAAUAUACCAGAAGAUCAUCUAGGUGGCUACAACUACUGGGAUGUCCGACAGAAUCUAAAGAGUCCAACCUAUAAAGACUUUGAAUAUACCAACUAUCUUGAGUUAACCACCUGUGACACUCGUGGCAUGAUAGGACCUUCCCAGGCGCAAUGUGAAGCUGCCUACAGGGAGCAAAAUAAGACACAUGUCCUGCGGGAAGUCCAUGUGGUGGAAGAUCAGAGCAGCUACAAGGGCAUGCAGAAGUGGAAGGUACCCCACGAAGGACACUACACAAUCAUUGCCAAAGGCGCCAGUGGAGGACUGGGUUCGGGUGGCGUAGGCAGCUCUCGAGGAUCCGUGGCUGUGGCCAUUCUGGAACUUCACAAAAAUGAGGAACUGUAUUUCCUCGUGGGACAGCAGGGCGAGAACGCCUGCAUCAAGUCCAUGGGAGUUCUGAAGGAAGCUGGUUGCGGAACCGAUCACGACUUGGACUUAGCCCAAUAUAGCUUCCGUUCCAAACAGGAUAUGGUCAAGAAUAUCUAUAUCGAAAAUGGUGCCGGCGGCGGUGGUGGUGGCUCCUACGUGUUCCUUCUCAAUCAGGCCAAAAAUGAGGCAGUCCCUCUUUUGGUAGCUGGCGGUGGAGGAGGUCUGGGAAUUGGCCAAUACAUUGAUGAGGACUUCCAGCAUGGUCAAAAGGCGAAGCCCCUUCAGGCUCCAGAAAGUGGACAGAUCAAUGGAGAGCCCUUGAAUAAGAAGACAGCUGGUCCAGGUGGUGGAUGGAGAGCCAAAGAGGACCAGGCCCUGAGUCCCACCUAUGGAGCUGCCCUUCUCCAGGGCGGUCGAGGUGGACACUCCUGUUAUGUGGAACUUGCGGACAAUGGAACUUCUGUUCACAGACAUGGCCAAGGUGGAUUUGGUGGUGGCGGUGGUGGCUGCAAUACUGGAGGAGGCGGUGGCGGCUACGCUGGCGGAGAUGUCUACCUAACCGAGUCGAAUGGCGAGGGCGGAAGUUCGUACAUCAGCCCCAGUCGAAGUCUUCGGGAAAUUAGUGAAAUACAUGCCGGCGCUAGCAGUGGACCAGGUGCCAUCAUCAUUAUUCCGGCAAUCGAGGGCUGUGGAUGCGACUAUAGGUGCGUGGCCUUGGAUGAGUUCCGAUCGAAGGUGCGGUGCAUCUGCCCAGAUGGCUGGAGCUUAAAACGGGACAAUCACACCGCCUGUGAGAUCCGCGAGGAGGCGGGCAAGUCCUCCUUCCAGUAUCUGGUUUCCAUCCUAAUGAUCUCGCUUGCCGUGCUCUUCAUCUGCAUAGCUGCGCUCAUCUUUAUGCUAUAUAAUCGCUAUCAACGGAAGAAACAAUCGAAGAAGCGCCACAAGAUGCUCGUGGAGCAGGAUCUUCAACUUACCCGUUUGCGCAACAAUAUCGACGACUCCAAUCUGAAUAACUUUAACCCCAACUAUGGAUGUGAUGGUAUUCUCAAUGGUCACAUUGAUGUCAAUAGCUUGCCCCAGGUGGCACGCGAUAGUCUGCAAUUGGUCAAUGCUCUGGGCAAAGGUGCUUUUGGAGAGGUAUAUAUGGCAUUAUAUCGCCAUCGAGACGGAGAUGCUGUGGAAAUGGGCGUGGCAGUGAAAACCUUGCGGGAAGAUCCCAAGCGGGAAAAGGAGGAGGAUUUCCUGAAGGAGGCGGCCAUAAUGGCCAAGUUCAAUCACCCGAAUAUGGUCCAUUUAAUAGGAGUCUGCUUUGACCGUCAGCCGUAUUAUAUUGUCCUGGAACUUCUUGCUGGCGGGGAUCUACAGAAGUUUUUGCGCGAAAACAGGAAUACUCCAGAGCGUCCCUCCCUCUUAACCAUGAAGGAUCUGCUUUUCUGCGCCCUCGACGUGGCCAAAGGAUGUCGCUACAUGGAGAGUAAACGCUUCAUCCAUCGGGAUAUCGCCGCCAGGAACUGUCUGCUGAGCAGUAAGGGUCCUGGUCGCGUUGUGAAAAUCGCCGAUUUUGGCAUGUCCCGGGAUAUCUACCGAUCGGACUACUAUCGCAAGGGAGGCAAGGCGAUGCUACCCAUCAAAUGGAUGCCGCCGGAAGCCUUCCUCGAUGGCAUAUUCACCUCGAAAACAGAUGUCUGGUCCUUUGGCAUUCUCCUGUGGGAAGUCUUCAGUCUGGGCCGUUCACCAUAUCCCGGCCAGCAUAACACCCAGGUAAUGGAGCUGGUUGUGCGUGGCGGUCGACUGGGAUCGCCCACCGAGUGUCCCGUCUCCAUAUACAAGGUGAUGGCCGACUGCUGGAAUCCCACGCCCGAGGAUCGGCCCACAUUUAUUACGUUGCUGGAGCAUUUGACCGCCUGCACCCAGGAUGCCAGCAUAAUGAACGCUCCUCUGCCCAAUAUUCUGGGACCCACAGCCUCCGAACGGGACGACACAGUCAUCCGGCCGCCCAAUGGCGAGGAGUUCUGUUUGGCGGUGCCGGAUUAUCUGGUACCUUUGCCACCCGGCGGCAGCAACAAUCCAUCGAUGGCCAGUGGUUCGGGCUACGUGCCAGAAUUGCAACGCCAGCAGAUGAGCUCCUGCACUCCGCCGGCGGUCACAUCGCCCGCCGCACCACAUCCAAGGCCGGUGGAGAAUAUCGCACCGACCAGCGGAGAUUGCUGGGAGACGUCAUUUAUACUACCUAACUCGAAGGUGGAACCACCAGUGGUUGGAAGUGGCCACGAUGUUCCAUUGGCCGGCGGUGAGGAGGCCAAACUGAUCAGUUUGGACACACCACAGCCCACACCAACGACCAUCCAACCACCGCUGUCCUUCGCCUCGCAGCUUGAUGGCAUCACAUUGGAUCCCUCGGCACUGACCAAGAGUUUGCCCAACGGAAAUGCCAAGCAGUCGUAUGCCAAUGUUCAGGUGAAAAACGAAGCCGAGGCCAAGGUCAUCAAUGGUGUGGUUGGCAAUGGAACGGUGAUGAACGGGGACGUCUCGACGGGAUCGGGUGGUGCCGAUUCACCUUUCACCAUUCAGGGUUACGCGGAGCGAUACAAGGACAACAACAAUCAUUCCGAAAUCAGUUGUUAAAAACACUCGAAAGUUUGAUACAUUAAGAUCAGGAUUAUACAUCACAGAUGAAGAACAUAAAUUUCCAAAUCAUUUGGAUUUCGAAAGAGAAGAGAGCCGAAUCGUAUAUUUUAUAAAGAUUUUUAAAAUCUUUAUAAAAAGCAAAACGGUGUAAGUCAAAUCUGAACUUUCGAGUAAGAUUACUGAUUUUAGAAGACUUCGCGGCCCCUAAAAAUUCGUCUUGUGUUGGAGCAAUCACAAUUUGCUGGCGCCUCACUGGCGCAUUAAAUAAAUUUACUCUCGAAUCACAAAGAGAAAAAAAGAAAAUUGAGAUAACAAAAAAAGAGUGAGAACUUCUCAAAAAAAUUUUAUUGUAUUUUAAUCUUAAAUUUGUAUUGCGUAGAAUGAAAAAACCAACGUCGGACUACAAAAAACAAAAACUGCAACUAACACGUAAACUUAGUUGGAAUAUGUGUAUAGUUUAGUUUUUUACCAAAUAUUAGUUUUGCAAGAAAAGAAAAAAAUUUAACGGAGGUUACACAACAUUUUGUGAGAGGUUGUAUAUAUUAAUUGUAUCUAAGUUUUACAAUUACCCAUAAUUUAAAUUAACUAUUUUUUUUGUACCUUUAGUUACCAUACCCUUCGUUAACGUUUUAAGCUGAUGACUGAAAUGCCAAACAAUAUUCCUAAAGUAAAAAAGAAAGUGCGAAACGUUAGCUUAUUUUUAAUAAUACGCAGUCCAGAAUCGGGAACCAAGAUGCCAACUCAAAGUAGUUCAAAGUGUCAAAGCUGCUCAUUUAAAGUUCGCAAUAAUACCACAAAUGUAGUCAAACAGAUAUGCCAACACAUACAAUAUGUUUUUAACAUAGGAUAUUUUUUUAAUUUAGGAUUCUCGAUUCCUGUAUUGUUUACUCCGAACAAAUUACAUUUAGUGUAAAUAACAAGCUUCCGUCGUAGCGAAUUACGUAUAUUGUAUGUAUUUGAUUAGACCUAAGGCAAAUAAAUGAAAAAAAAAACCAAAAACCGUAGCGUGUAAUGCGAUUAAUGAAAAACUACAAUUUACAGGGUGAUUUUUAUGAAAAUUCAGUUGUAUGUUUGAAAAACAAAAACUAGCAUUAACAAAACAAAAGGUGACGCAACGACUCUCAGCUCGACCUGAGUUGCUUAAAAUGUUGUACAAUAUUCUUUCAGCACAGCCCUGUAUUUGUUCAUCAUCAUUAAUGCUCUUUUUUAUCAGGCGUUGAUCGGAAUUCGAAAUUAUGUAAAUUUAGUUGAAACGUAACAAACAAGCUUUAAAUUAUAUAAUUUUUAUAAAGAUAUAUUAACGAUAUACAAGUGAGGCGACAACAUAAUAUUUAACCAAGCAGAAGUAAAUAAAUUAUACAAGAACGAGGCUCGCAAGAGCCAAAAUUAAUUUACUAUAUAUUGAGGUAGGUAUACAUGCAUAUGCAUUUAUGUAUAUGUAUAAUUAGUUCUAAGACAAUUGAGUUUGUGUUUAAAACAACAAAUCGAAAAAUAUAAAUAUAUACAUAUUUAGAUAAUGAUACCGUAAAAUAUAUAAGAGGAUAAACGUUAUGUCUAUGUUUUGCUUUAUGUACAAGUCUACUGUUAAAUGCGCAAACAUCUUAUAUACACGCAAACAUAUUCUCGUAUAUAAACAUAUGUAUAAUCAACUUAUAUAUCCGAUAUGUAUGUGCGACUAUAGCGAACCGUAAAUUAAAAUGCUGAAUACGCGAGAAUCAAAAAUCGUGUAUAUUACAAUUAUAAUUGCAUAGCUCUUACAUCAAUAGUCAGUCGAGCUUUUGUUUUCAUUUCUAUUAUACAUAGCAAGAAAAAAUUCAUUAAAAAGAUAUUUUGUAUAGAAAAUCCGAAUUUGAAAUUACUAUAAAUUGCAUGUAUUGCACUCAAACAUAUUUUACCCAACUUAAGAUAUAAAUUUUGUUCGUUUCAUUUUACAAAGUAUUGUACCAAGAUAAAAUGAAAAACAAAAGAACGGCUGACUAUAAAAUUUACAUUAUACUUUACAUGCGGACUUGUCACAUAGAAAUACCGGAUCCCAAACAAAAAAUGUACAAACGAUGAAAACAAUUUAAAAAAAAAAGAACAGAAAUAAAUACAAAUCUACCAAUGAAUGCUCACAAUCGAAUGCUCAAUAAGUGUACGAAUAUAAACGAAUAUAUAUAUAUCUCAGCAUCCACGGCUUUACACCUAGUCUUAACACUUAAAUCAGAACUUUUUUUUUACUUUUACCUAUUAUGGUUGUGCCGCGGCAUCUAAAGUAAGAAUAUAUGUCUUACCGAAGUGCAUACACACACACACAUCUCCAUCAGAUCCUUUCCGUAUACAUGCAUACAUAUGUAUAAAACACAGACGCCUGCGCACAGGACUCCCACACAUUUUUGUACCCUGAUGACAUUACCUUGUGUACCUAAAGCCCACAACCUGAAAGAGAAGAGUUACAUAUGCAUAUAUCCACGGAUCGUUGUUGAUUGAUUGAUUGAUUGAUUGAUUGUUGGCCCCAAGAGCUGGUCGAUAUUUCGGGUCUUUGAUUCGGGCAAGGAAAUUCCUGCAAUUCCAUUGCAGAUCGGUUUGUGAUUGCUAAGUUAGGGUCUUAAUGAAUGUGUGAAUCGUUACGAUUCGAAAGUUCGGCAACAGAUUGAGAUGUUUUCAUAGAAUGUAGAUGAAUUGAUCAUUAAAGUUUAGUUCAAUUCUUUCGCAAUGGGACUUGCUGUCGGGGAUCUGAAUGAUUCUGAAGCUUAGAACCAGGUCAAGGCAUUUACUUUCGAAGAGAUAAAUUGCUGGCAUACACGAUUUUGAUGGGAAUAUCAGUAGCUUUGCAAACACUUCAUUUCUCAACAAUAACAAAUUCGCAACGAAGUUUAGAGAAAUAAACACAAAUGAUAUGUACUAAAUAUAUGUUUAAACCAAAAAUAAAACGUAAGAAGUGAAAUAAGAAAACGAUCACACAAUAAAUGGUAUUUUUAUAUACUACAAAAAAAAAAACAGAAAAAACGAAAAAAACAAAAGGAAAAAAAAUGGAAUGCAAGUUUAGUGCAUGCAAACAAACAGGCUUAAACUUAGCUCUAGCUAUAAAGUAUAACUAAAAUAAAUACAAAAUUAAUGGUUUUCAUUUAAAAAUCGUAAAUUAUUUUGUUACACUUAAUGGGUAAAGAAGAAGAAUUAAGUGAAUAAUAAAUAAAAAGAAAAAACAGAAACGCAAAGACUAGAACCACAUUUUGUAAGCUGGAUCGAUUGAGUGAUGGAUUGGUGGCAAGUUAUAUAUAUAUAAUAGAAUAACAGCAUAAGCAAACCAAACAGCAAAAUGUCCAUUUAGAGCAACUACCACACUCGAAAGCAAAACGAAUCCAAUGUGUCAUAACUUGCUGAAGAACAAUGGCGGGCGAAGAACGCGAACCACAAACUUGAAAACUCCACUCAUAUAGUAUAAUUUUCGAUUCGGUCUAAGCCUAUAGAGAAAUAUCAGCUAAGAAACAUAUAACUCACACUUUUCCGUCGCUACCCGUCGUACUUACCACCCAAACACCCACCCAACCCCUCACUCUCCACUACCUACUCUCAACUUGGUAUUUUCACAUUUUCUUUGCUUUUCCUUUGCUGUGAGUCGCGAGGACUAGUUUUGAAUUAUCUAAGCAUAAGCACACAUUUCACAAAGCAAAAUCGAAAGAAAAACAAGUAUAAGUAUAUCUUAAUGGCAUAUAUAUUUGGCGCUAUGGAGUGGAUAACAAUUUUAAAGUUGGUAGCGUUUAAGCGCUGGAAAUGCGAAAUGACAAAAACUGAGAG